AAAGGAGAAAGAUGCCAAUUGUGAAAAGCGUGAGCAGAGCAGUGACCCAGCUGCUUCAAAGCCCUGGCUGUGGAUGCGGGAUAUCCGUAGUGCCCGUCCGAUGCCUUGGGAUCUCGCCUCGCCAGGUGGCCUCUGAUGCCAGCUUUCAUUCGGUGUCUUUUUCCGAGUCAGAGCAUCCUCGGGUGCUAAUUACAGGGGGUCUUGGCCAGCUUGGGGUGGGACUCGCUAAGCUUCUGAGGAAACGUUUUGGAAAGAACAAUGUGAUCUUGUCUGACAUUAGAAAGCCUGCAGAUGAUGUUUUCUAUAGUGGUCCUUUUAUCUAUUCGGAUAUCUUGGACUACAAGAAUUUGCGCGAGAUAGUGGUGAAUAACCGAAUAACUUGGUUGUUCCAUUAUAGUGCUUUGCUCAGUGCUGCUGGAGAAGCAAACGUCCCUUUGGCCAGAGCUGUAAAUAUUACUGGUUUACACAAUGUUCUGGAUAUUGCAGCUGAGCAUAAUUUGCGACUCUUUGUUCCCAGCACUAUUGGAGCCUUUGGACCCACCUCUCCUCGAGAUCCGACUCCUGAUCUCUGCAUUCAGAGACCAAGGACAAUCUAUGGAGUCUCUAAGGUUCAUGCUGAGCUCAUGGGAGAAUACUACCAUUACCGAUAUGGUCUAGACUUUCGAUGCCUGAGGUAUCCAGGAAUUAUAUCUGCUGACUCUCAGCCUGGAGGGGGAACAACUAAUUAUGCUGUCCAGAUUUUCCACGAUGCCAUAAAAACUGGCAAAUUCCAGUGCGACCUAAAGCCAGACACCCGUCUCCCCAUGAUGUAUAUUGAUGACUGUCUGAAGGCGACUCUAGAGGUCAUGGAGGCCCCUGCGGAGGCCCUGAGCAUGAGGACGUACAACAUCAGUGCCAUGAGCUUCACUCCAGAAGAGCUGGCACAGGAGGUGCAGAAACACGUUCCUGAACUGCAGGUGACCUACAAUGUGGAUGCAGUCAGGCAGGCCAUAGCUGACAGCUGGCCAAUGAACUUUGAUGACAGCAAUGCCAGGAAAGACUGGGGGUGGAAACAUGAUUACGACCUCCCUGAAUUGGUGACUACCAUGUUCAGCUUCCUUGGGUCUGACUCCAGGAUUGCUCAAGCUAACUGAAAUCCUUUGUAAGAUGUUUCCAGAUUUCCACUGAGAGGACCAGGAAGAAAUGGCUAAAUGAGCUUAUAAACUUCUGAGUCUUAGAGCAUGUCAAUUGUCACUUUUCCAUAAGUAGCAAUAGAGUUGGGCAAAAAAAUAUUGUAGCUGGAAUUUACUACUCUUAGGUAAGUUAGAUAAAACAAUCACUUGGUACUGUUUCCAACAAUAGCACCAAUGACAGACACGGAGAUCUUGAACUUUCACAUGUAAGUAGCUAGAAAAAAAGAAAC